AUGGUGAUGCGGUGGGCGCGUCGGCUCGAACGGUGUGCUUGCGGCUGCCUCACAUAUUUUCCACUCGCCUUCGUCUAUGGCUUGACCACAUGGGCUGUCUGGGUUGACUGCAGCAUCGGCUCCCAUGCUUCUCAUACUCCUUGGAUAGGAACACAAACCUCUGCCGUAGCUCUUGUGCUCUAUGGCAUGCUCAACUGGUGCUACACCACAGCUGUUUUCACCGACCCGGGCGCCACGACAAACCAUGCGGGCUACGCGACGCUUCCCACCACAGCGGCGCCCCAGGCCACUUCGUUCACAGUCAAGUCCAACGGCGAGAUGCGCUUCUGUAAAAAGUGCCAGGCUCGCAAACCCGACCGCGCACACCACUGCUCGACUUGCCGCCGUUGUGUGCUCAAGAUGGACCAUCACUGCCCCUGGCUGGCUACCUGCAUCGGCCUCCGGAACCACAAGGCCUUCCUGCUGUUUCUCAUCUACACUACAAUGUUCUGCCUCUUCACAUUCGGCAUAUCCGGCACCUGGGUCUAUGCUGAGCUCAACGAACAGACCCAGUACGAGGCUACGCUACUGCCGGUCAACUAUAUCCUCGCCGCAGUCAUCUCUGGGAUUAUCGGUCUGGCAGUAGGCGCGUUCACUGUGUGGCACAUCAUGCUCGCCUCGCGCGGGCAGACCACUAUUGAAUGUCUCGAGAAGACCAGAUACUUGAGCCCCCUGCGCAAGACCCUACAGAACCACUUUGAGUCGCAGCAUAGCGGCCUGGGCGGCCAACAGCCUGGUUACGGGCAGCAGAUAGUAGACAUGCAUGCCAAUGCGCUCCCGGGCGUCACGCGGCCAGAGGAAGGCGAGACGUAUCGCAGAAGCCACGAGCAGGCGAUCCCUCCCCGGCAGAUGUCGUACCAGGAGAUGGAGCGUGACCGGGCUCGCCGGCGGUACGAGGAGUACAUGGACGAGCAGGACUCGGAGAAGCUGCCCAACGCCUUUGACCUCGGUGUCAAGCGCAACUUGCUCCACCUGUUUGGACCCAAGCCAUUGCUGUGGUUCUUCCCCAUCAUCAACACGACAGGAGACGGGUGGUCGUGGGAGGCCAGUCCCAAGUGGCUCGCUGCGCGGGAGCGCCUCUCGAACGAGCGCGCGGCGCAGAGGCAGCGUGAAGCUGCUGCUGGUUGGGGCGAACCUGUUGUGCCUGUCGUUCCUGAGCGACCGACCGGGGCCGGCAGGCAUUACAUCGGCCCGCCGUCCCCUUCGAUGUCUUCCAUGGGGCGUAAGAUCCCCUCGAAAGCCGACCGGGUCCUGGGGCGUGAUCCGAACCUCUAUGCCGACACGCCGGGCUCGUCGGUGCAGAUGCGCACGCUCAACUCGCGCGGCCGUAACCUGCAACCAGACGACGACCUCCUCAAGGACGACGAGGACGAAGACGACUACGACACGAGCAGUGACGAAGAGGCCGCGGCCGCGGCGACCGUGCGCAAGGCCGAGCACCAGGCCAUGAACCUUGUCACGAACGGAGGGUGGGCCAAGAGCGGCGCGAGCGGGCUCCUGCGCAAGUCGUCUUCGAGGACGAGCACGCCGAGCCAGACCAAGAGUCCGGCGCCAAAGGUGGAUGACGAGGAGGACCUGGACUAA